AACACACAAUUAGUUGCGCGAAAUUUACUUUAUACCGUCGCUGCCGUUGAAUAAGCUAAACCAAAUAAUUUAACCAUCAUAAGAGAUCAUGAUUUUCUAUCUCUUGGGGGCUGUGGUUUGCCUCUUGUUGGGGCAGUACCUUCUUCAGACCUCCAGAUUCCGUCGCUAUGGUGUAAAAUACGUAACUCCGGUCCCCUUCUUUGGCAACAUGGCCAAGAUUCUCUUGCGUAUCAAACCUAAUAGUGAACUAUUAAUAGAAUUGUAUAACAAAUUCUCUACUGAACGAUUUUAUGGCAGGUUUGAAUUACUUUCACCAGUAGUCGAAAUUCGUGACUUGGAGCUUGUGAAGAAAAUCGCCGUAAAAGAUUUCGACAAUUUCCCAGAUCGUAGAAAAGCAAACGCCGAUUUUGACAUAGGCAUCGUGCGGUCUGUGGCAAUGUUAACAGGUCAGGAUUGGAAGGACAUGAGAUCAACAUUGAGUCCAGCUUUCACGAGCUCCAAGAUUCGCUUGAUGGUGCCAUUCAUGGUGGAGGUCGGCGACCAGAUGCUAAUGGCACUUAAAGAAAAAGUUAAAAACUCUAAAACAAGCAAGAUAGAUAUAAACUGCAAAGACCUGACAGCGCGUUACGCUAACGACGUCAUCGCUACUUGUGCCUUUGGGUUGAAGGUAAACUCCCACACCGAUACCAACAAUGAGUUCUUCUCCAACGGCAAAGUGUUAUCUACCUUUUCUCUACGUGACAAUAUUAUCUUCAUGCUUUCUUCAAGUCUUCCAUUCGUCGCUAAGUUAUUUGAAUUUGAUUCUGCAAAGGCUGAUCGUUUUUUCUCAAAAAUCUUUGCACACACGAUUAAAGAUCGUCAAGCGGAAAAUUUCAUUAGACCUGAUUUGAUUCAUCUGCUAGUGGAAGCCAACAAAGGUAAACUUACACAUGAGGAUACCAAGUCUGACGAAAGCGUUGGAUUUGCUACUGUCGAAGAAUCUUCGAUUGGACGAAAACAAGUCAAUAAAGUGUGGUCUGAAAAAGAUCUUGUCGCUCAAGCCGUGGUGUUCUUCAUCGCUGGUUUUGAGACGAUAUCCAGUGGGAUGACGUUCCUGAUGUAUGAAAUGGGACGCAACCCGGACAUCCAGGAGAGACUGGUGCAAGAGAUCAUGGAGACCGACGCAAAGAACGGCGGCAAACUGGAUUUCGAUUCCAUCCAGAAAAUGGUGUACCUAGACAUGGUGAUCACAGAGGUGCUCAGAUUGUGGCCACCAGUAGUCAACUUGGAUAGACUUUGUGUCAAAGACUACAACAUUGGAAAACCUAACAAAACCGCUGAUAAAGAUUUUAUUGUUCCGAAAGGAUCAAUUGUUUCUAUACCGAGUUUUGCUGUCCACCGAGAUCCCACGUACUAUCCGAAUCCUGAGCAGUUUGACCCCGAGCGGUUCUCCGAUGACAACAAGCAUAAGAUACCACCGUUCGCUUACAUGCCUUUUGGAGUUGGGCCCAGAAAUUGUAUAGGUUCGAGAUUUGCCCUGUGUGAGAUGAAGAUCAUGACGUACCAGAUCAUGAAGCACUUCAUGAUUUCUCCUUGCGCCAAGACGAUUAUUCCUCCAGUAUUGGCGACUGACAACAUGAACGUGAAGAUACGCGGUGGUGAUUGGAUGGCCUUUGAAUGCAGAGAGUGAGCCUUCAAGACAAACCUAUGGAGUUUCUUGUCGGUUCUUCUCCAUAGAAAGAGAACUUUUGAACCGUCGACCUAGAGUCACUUUACUGCAAUAAGAAGCGCCUCCAGAGAUGCAGUAAAGAUAAACACAUUAAUUUUAAUCGAAACUAGUCAUCGUAGAUAAUUGAGAGAACUUGAUGAACAAUUUAAU